CUUGGAGAUAUUGUUGGUUUCGUUGUAGCUUGGAGAUGUCAUUGGUGUCAUCGUAGCUUGAAAACGUCAUUGGUGUCGUUGCAGCUUGAAGAUGUCAUUGGUGUCGUUGUAGCUUGGUGA